AAUUAGCUUUAUUUCUAUUCUACUCUCUUUGCGUUUCUCAUAUAUCCUCUUCUGCUCUCCCUUUCUAUCUUUGCUUUCAUUUUCUUUCACAAUAUCCUCUCAUCUUAAUACCAUUAAUUCACUUUGAUUCUCCACCAUAUCCACAAAGAACCCACCUUCUCCUUCCUUCCAUCAACCUUUUAUAAAAGAAAGAACCUAAAAAAUAAAGAUAGAAAUUAAAGAAAGAAACAAUUAAAAGCUAUCAAAAAUAUACCCUAAAAUAAAAAAGAGACUAUGGUUUUCUCUUCAGUUCCCCUCUAUUUAGAUCCUCCCAAUUGGAACCAGCAUACUAAUCAGCAAAUUAUCCAAGGAAAUGGAAAUCAUGAUCAAAAUCAACACCGUAUUCAACCACCACCAAUACAACAACCACCUCAAUCUCAGAUGGGUAUUGGCGGUGGUCCUGGUGGAGGACAGGGUGGGCCAGCUAUCCGCCCUAACUCGAUGGCAGAGCGAGCCCGUCAACUGAAGAUUCCUCCACCUGAGGUCCCACAAAAGUGUCCAAGGUGUCACUCCACAAACACCAAGUUUUGCUACUAUAAUAACUAUAGCUUGUCACAGCCACGUCACUUUUGCAAGACUUGUAGAAGGUAUUGGACCAAAGGUGGGAACCUUAGGAAUGUUCCUGUCGGUGGUGGUUGUAGGAGGAAUAAAAGGUCUUCAAGUAAAUCGUCUAGCGUUGGUGGUGGUGGUGGCUCUCCGUCGUCUUCUAAGUCCUCUCUUUCCUCUCAAAACAUACUUGGAGGGGAAAGAAUACCUCUACACAUGGAUUUAGUUAGUACAAGCGGUCUCGGUCCCACAAUCCCCGGACUUCCUUCAUCUAGGGGUGGGACCGGGAUGCCAUCCUUUAUGGCAUCCCUACAAAACAUAGCUCAAUUAGGGAUGGGAAAUUUAGGUCUAACCUUUGGUGGGGCCCUAAACACCCUUCCUCAUCAUUCUCUUGAAGGGUUAGGAGGCCUAAACGGAUCAGGUUCUGAUGGUAGCGGUUUAACUGAAAACCGCCAUCAUCAUAACCUAGAUCAGUUUCAUCACCUAAACCCCAAUAAUUCAACUAACACACAAGUACAAUUCCCAAAUUUCUUGGAGGGGUUUGAAAUCCCAGGCUCUUCAGAAAUGUUUAACACAUCUUACCAAAAUGAUCAAAUUGGAGACAAUAAUAAUGAUGAUGAAAAUCAACAACAAUCAAAUGAUGAUAUUCCAAAGAGUUGUUCAUCCCAAUUUGCACCAAUUAAAAUGGAGAGUGAUAGACAAGAAGGGUUCAAUCUACACAAGCAAUUCAUCAACAACAUUUCAUCAUCUGAUAAUAACAACAAUCAAGUUACAGGUAAUAACCAGUUUUGGGGUGUUAAUAACACUACUAAUAUUAAUACUUCUGCUGCUACUACCAUGUGGACUGAUCUCUCAGGCCUAAAUUCUUCUUCAAGUAACCAUCUUUUAUGAAAAAAAAAGUCUAUAUUUUUACUGGGUAUUUAGGUAAUUUGUUGAUGAUCUGACUACAAAAAUUGGGCAUCUUGAUCAUGUAGAAGCUAGCAGGUUUGGGUUGAGAUGCUUAAUUAUAUUGUUGUGUCUCCCUAGCUGAUCAAGAGUGGCAUGAUGAUGAGAUUAUACUUCUAGAAGUUAGUGAUCCAUAUACUCUAAUCAAGCUCUUUUAAUGUUCUUACUUAUUCCUUUUAUCUUUGUAUUUUGAUUGUGAAGUGUUGUGUAAGAGUUUUGAAUCAAGACUUUAAUUAUUAAAAAAAAUCUUUAAUUACUUUUUAGUCUAAUUAUCAAUCAA